GCUCGCCGGGUCCCGCCCGGCCCCGCGGGCCGCCCUGGCCAAUGCGGCGCCGCGGCCCCCCGCGCCGCCGGGGAGCGCCCAAUGGCGGCGGCCCCGCGCUGCCGCUGCCCGGGGGGGCGGGACGAGACGGGGCCGCGCCGCCGCCGCUCCGCGCUGUCCGCACCGUGACCCGGGGAGCGCCGCGCCGCGCUCGCCGCCGCAGUGCUUGAACAGAAAAGAAAGUGCAAAGGAGGUGUUUCCCUCAAUUGACUCAUCUUCACCAUACCUCUCUCCCAUUCUGCUUCCUCCUUAUGAUUCCCAAGUGAAGAUGAGUAGCCUGCUGCGAAUAUGACUUCUCUGACUAGUGUCAUUGCCUCCCACCAGUCUGAGUGGGUGUCCUUCAAUGAUGAGCUGCUCCUCCCUGUUAGCCUACAAGGUAGGACUGAGGAGCCUCUGGAGAAAUGUUUUUCUUCAUCAGACACCUCCUCAGAAGAGAACCGCAAUGCGGAUGGAGAAUUUCAAGACCUCUCCCACACACAGCUGGAAAAUGCAGUUGACCAACCCAAGGUGGAUUCUGCUGUGCUUGGGAACCAUGUGUGUCCCAGUGCUGAUCUGUCAUCAUCCAUCAGUGCUUGGGUUCAGUUUGAAGAUACACCAUGGACCAGUGCUCCAUUGAACCACACACAAGCAGUGUCUCCAUCAAAAGCACCCAGCUGGGCUUGCCCCUCCUCCAGCUCUUCUGAGAAGCAAGCCCAUGCCUCUGAGAGCAGCUGGACAACCAACUCUGAGGACACCAGCAGCCCAAGCAUUGCUCCCUCCUACACAGAUCUGCAGUCAAUUAAUACUGAGGACUUGACCAGUGGGAGAACAUCUGCAGCAGACUCAGCUGACAAUUCCUCGUCUCUCCAGGAAGAUGAAGAGAUAGAUAUGGAGGCUGUCAACUGGCAGCUGAACAACACCUCCAUGAAUGGGCAUUCAUCUACCCCAACCACAGUUCGCUUUCCCAGCUGGGUGACUUUUGACGACAAUGAAGUCAGUUUUUCACCGCAGAACCUUUCUCCCUUGAAAACAGACACCCCACCUGCAGAAACACAGACUCCAGAUGUUAACUUUAACCUCACUACAUCCUUUAAGAAAAGAGAACGUCCUAAAAGCACACUGGGGGACCUCUCCAAAAUUCAAAAACUCAAUCUCUCCUCCUUAACCAAGUUGCCUUCUGUUGAAACACCACCAUGGAGUGCUACUAAUCCCUUCCUGGAUGAAUCUCUGCGAGAUGUCCAACCUUCACCCAUCAAUCCAUUCAGCUCAUUCUUUGAGGAGCGAGACAGGCGUUCCAAAAGCUCUUCUGUCUCCGGUGCUCCAGGCAAAAGCCAAAGAGACUCUCUCAUUAUUCUUCAUCAAGAGUCUGAUAUCAUCAGUUUCCAUGAGACAAGCAAAAAUAUAACCCACACAGAUGCUGUAGAGCAGCUCAAGCAACUUCAGAUUGGAGACCCAGAUCAUGUGAGCACCCCUACCCUGCCUGAUGAUGACCCCAUGAUGCCAUAUGAUCUGGAUGCAGCCUUAUUUAAUCUGGCACCAGCUCAGCCAAAGGAUGGAUGGCCAAUGAUGCUUAGGAUCCCAGAGAAGAAGAAUAUUAUGUCAUCCAGGCACUGGGGACCAAUAUAUGUCAAGCUGACUGACAGAGGAUGUAUACAACUUUAUUAUGAGAAAGGACUGGAGAAACCUUUCCGGGAAUUCAAACUUGAAAUCAAUCAUGAGAUUUCAGAACGCAAACUCCAGAACUAUGAUGAAAAUGGAAGGAUACACAGCGUGCGGUUGGACCGCACAACCUACAAGGAGAAAAAGAAGUAUCAGCCUAAGCCAGCCAUUGCUCACACAGCAGAGAGAGAGCAAAUUAUCAAGCUGGGGACUACAGAUUAUGAAGACUUCCUUAGCUUCAUCAGUGCUGUGCAAGACAUACUGAUGAACUUGCCAGCCUCAUCAACAGAUCUGAGCACAGUAGGACUGAACUAUCAAGAAGAAGAAAUCACAGUUGAUGUCAGGGAUGAGUUUCAUGGCAUCUUGGCCAAAGGGGACAGUGUGAUUCUCCAGCACAGUGUGCUGACCCAUAUCUAUGUUCUCAGCUUCCUUUCUGGCCUGGCAGAAUGCAGACUGGGCCUUAAUGAUAUCCUGAUCAAAGGGAAUGAAAUAGUUGCAAGGCAGGAUAUUAUGCCCACUACUACCACUAAGUGGAUUAAAUUAUACAGCUGUCGGUUCCAUUCAUGUGUGGAUGAGGAUGUGUUUAAUAACUCCCGUAUUAUCCUGUUCAACCCCUUGGAUGCCUGCCGGUUUGAACUGAUGCGAUUCAAAACUGUCUUUGCUGAGAAAACUUUGCCUUUUACUCUGAGGACAGCUGCCAGCAUCAAUGGGGCUGAGGUGGAGGUACAGAGCUGGCUGAUGAUGUCCACUGGGUUCUCUUCCAACCGUGACCCUUUAACUCAGGUCCCUUGUGAAAACGUGAUGAUCCGCUACCCAGUGCCAAGCAAGUGGGUGAAGAACUUCCGCAGGGAGAGCGUCCUGGGGGAGAAAUCUUUGAAAGCCAAGGUGAACAAGGGGGCCACUUUUGGAUCAACCAGUCUGUCUGGUUCUGAGCCAGUAAUGAGAGUAACUUUGGGAACUGCCAAAUACGAGCAUGCCUUUAAUUCUAUCGUAUGGAGGAUAAACCGACUGCCUGACAAAAACUCAGCUUCUGGCCAUCCUCACUGCUUCUUCUGUCACCUAGAGCUUGGCUCUGACCGGGAAGUGCCUUCCAGUUUUGUCCGCUAUGUAGAUGUGGAAUUCGACAUGCCCACUACUUCUGCAUCCAAAGCCACUGUUCGGUCCAUCUCUGUCGAGGACAAGACCGACGUGAGGAAGUGGGUCAACUAUUCAGCACACUACAGUUACAAGGUCGAAAUAGAGCAGAAAAAAAGCUUGAAUGAGGAUCUGAAGGGAGAAGAUACAGCAAAUGUCAAUGAAUGUGCUACGCAGUGAAGAAAGACCAGUCUGCAAGUCACAAGAGGGGUGGUCAAAUUAACAGACCUGGAAGAGAGAACUUGCAGGGAUUUGGUAUUUUUCUUUUAAAAAGUAUGCAGUACUACUCUCAAAUUAAUGCUCUGAAGAGUGUUAGUUUUUCUUGUGAUGAUCCAUCCUUUGAGAAGAAACUUGUAUGUGGUUUGUUCGGAGUGGACCCAUGGAACGAUUUAAGUACAGUUGGGGUAUAGACAGAAUGACUUGUAUUAUAGUCAAGCCUGCCUUUUCUGCCUCUUCACCAUCUAGGUUCUGCACUGAAGUAUAGUCUGACUAGCAUCACAGGCAAACCAGAAAGCAGCCUUUAUCUCACUUACAGUCUUGCCUCCUACAUUAAGCUUUUCUUUUGUUGUUGUUAUAUGCCUGUUGGUUUGGUCAUUGGCAGAUUCACUUCCUUCUGAACUGCCAAAUAAAACCCAGGCAGCAUCGAGUGAAAAAUGACGUAAAAUCUCAUUUCCGAAGUGAUCAACAGAGUGAAAACCCUGAGCAUCAUUCUGGAGAAUGAACAAACUCUGCAUCUUAAACAUAGUAAAUGGUCAAGCACAUGAACUACAGACAGAACAGCUAAUCACGCAGCCAUUCUUCUAUUCACCCCUUCCUGUCUCAUCCCCUGAACGACAACAUGUCAUUGUGCACAUUUUCAUGGGGUCUGCACAAGUUACAAGAAAGUCUCUGCAAUUUCUUAAAAUUUUUAUUUGUUAGUCUGUUCUACUAUCUUGACUGAACAUGAUAAUGGCUGCUAGUAACAGGGAAUGUGUCUUAUGAUAGAGGUGAUACAGGAGGGACUUGGCUAAGAUUCGAUCAUUCCUGCCUAGAAAGAUAUUUAAGGGAGAAACACUAGGGUUUGGGCUUGGGUUUGGUUUUUUUUCUGUUUUCUUGGGUGGGAAAGGUGGGUGGUUAUUGAAAAUGUCAGAACAAAAUUGCUUUAGCAAUGUUGUUUGCCUUCCUGAAAAUCCUUGGAAGUCUGUCCAGCACAAUAUCACUUUCAUGUUCUAUCUUGAACCUACAACAGAAGUAACUUGUAUUUUUAUAAAACCCCUGCUAACUGGGACCUAAAAUCUCUUUUCAAAAAUUAAUAACAAGCUUCUAUCAUGGAGAUUUUUUUAUCUCCACUUAGCUGAAAGUAACAGCAAGUCUUAAAACUUCUUUCUAAAUAAAAGUGCGGAAGGCAAAAAUCUCAUUCAUAUAUAUUUUCAGAGAAAACGGUGUUCAAAGUACCCAAUUUUUGUAGUUGUUUCUCUGGCUUGUGUAAUAUUUCAUGUUGAGGUAAUUUUAAAUGUAAAAAAAAAAUAAUUUAUUAAAUCACUUAUCUUUUGAAAGGUUACUGCUGACUUUAAAAUCACAUAUUUGGAAAGCCUUGGCAAUGUAAUUUAAAAUCAUAAUGAAAAUGCAAGCUUUUUUAUAGAUUUAUAGAUUUAUUUUACAUUUCAUAUGACACAAAAUUAAUGCAUUCUCGAUUUGCUACUUUGUAGUGAUUUCUAAAAAUCACUACAAUGUUAAAAUCCCAAGUGAAAUGUGAUUAAUUACAUUUAAUCUAAAACUGGUAGUGGUAGAAUUUAAAACAAAUUAUAGAGAACUUAUAAAUGCCUUUUUGUAUGCACCUAAAUUUCAGGCCUAGGUCAACUUAGUGAUAUAUAUUUACACCGGUACACCUCUGUAAAUACAUAAAGUUUCAGUCCUUCUAGGACUUUUUAAGAAGCAUGAAAUAUUCUACUGCAGGUAGACCUACUGAAGCCCAGGGAGCUGCCCAGAGCACAUCAGUUAGUACUAAACAUUUGCAACAUCUCUCUGUAAAUAGAUGAAUACCAUCAACUUUUAUGAACCAUUUUGAUAUCAGUGGAGUAAAAUUCCUGAUGAAGUGCGAAGAAUUAUUUAUUAAAUGAUAACUUUUAUAGGUUGUGAAAUACCUGAGAGCACACUGCUGAAUUUAUGACUGAUUCUCAGCUCUGUUACAGGCUGAUUGUGGUGAAUUGCACGGCAACUCCUGUAAGAUUCACUCCUCUUUUCAAAGAACUUCUGAGUGUUUUUCCUGUUUUUCACUGUAGCUCCUAGUUUCCGAAAAGGACCAGUAAGAAAUCCAACAAAACCAAGCUGAAGGAGUGCUGAGAUGUUGCUGAGGAAGCACGAGAAUGUUUUGUGAGAGGAACAGUCGGGAGAUUUCCUACUCUGAUCUGCAGGCUCAGUGUCUAAAUUUUUGCCUAUUGCCCCCCAGCCCUUGACAACACAAAUAAGUAAUAGCAAAUAAACAGUGUUGUACUCCUUAAAGAGGGGAGAAAAUCAAAGGAAUAUCAUUUUCCAUCUCUGAAUUCUUAAACUAUUCAGUUACUCCAGCUACAGAAUAUUCAUUACCACAAAACUGAAAGAUGAACAUAUGAGAGGCUUCUGGAUUUACUUAAUUUCUCUACCCUUUCAUCACCUUUUUUUUUUUUUUUUUGUUAAUUCAAAGUUAAUGAAUGAAAGAAAGAGUAUGGGCCUGACCCUGAUCUCUCUUACGUAGUUAGUAAUACAACAGAAGUAUCUAUUCCAAUCUUUCCAUGGAGUUAUGCAGGCAAAACUGGUAAAGUGUUCAGGUUUAUAAAAAAGCUAUUUUAAUCCAUUCUGAUCACUGAAGAACAUUUUUCUAAUGUACCUUCCACUGAAUUCUCAAAAGCUUAGGAUGAAUAACUUAGAAUCAUAGAAUCACCUUGGUUGGAAAAGACCUUUAAGAUCAUCAAGUCCAACCUUUACCCCAGGAAAUGCAUCUGUAGCAUGAUGCUAUAGAUACUUGGCCAGAGUUUCAAAAGAUCUUAUUUCCCAUUGAAGCACUGAGGUAGUUUGAUUUUUCAAAAGAGCACUAACAGCCAAAAUAUUCAGAAAAUCUAGUGUUGGUAUCACCAGGUGUCACCAAUGAAUUCUUUUUUCAGUCCAGCACCAUUACAAGCAUUGAGCAUUUGAACACUGGGAUCCUAAGUGCCCUUUUUGAGGCUUCCACUGUUCUUGCUUGAUUAAACAGUGCCAAUUUUUCAGUGUUAGAUACUGUCACAUAUGAACUUUAUGUACAUGAACCAUAUACUCUUCAUCCAUAGGGCUACAAUAGUAAUUUGGACAGACUGCUGAUGGGAGUGGUGGGAAAAGAUGUGAGAGGUUUGUCAGUUUUAGAGGAGAAAUUAUUUAGAUACAAGCUAUGCCUGUAGUGGGGAUUAUUUUUUUUCUUCUUCUUUUUAUCUUGGGGAAAAAUCUCUUUGAAUUGUUUCAGUGUAAUGCUCCUUUUGAAAAAGAUACAAUCACUGUCCUUUGGUGUAUUUGAAAGCUUUGUAGUACUCCAUGCAGGAAAUGUGCCUUCAAGGUAAGCAUACAUUUACUCCCUGAAGCUAUUCCCACUUUCAGCCUUCUUUCUGUUUCUCGUGAUGGUUUUGUUUCAUUUUUGACUGUGGUAAGAGUUGAAGUAUUGCAGGGAAUUUUGCCUAGAAAAAUAAACAGUCUUUGAUCACAGGAGGUAAAGAUGAACAACACCUCUGGGCAGCUGAGCUUAUUUUAGUGAAUGCUUCUUACAUUUAUUAACUAUGGACACCCUCCUAGCAAAGGAAAAUGGGCAAAUUCUGAGAAAUACUGUAACUGACUGAUGUUAUUUUCAUCUUUUAUUUUAUUUAGACUCAAAUUUAGUCAUCCUAUGAAAGAGACAGAUAUAGUAGUAUCAUAAGAAACUGCAGAAAUAAUUUACCUUUUCUGGUGGGUGGCUGACAUAUUUACUUGACAGGACAUCCAAGAUCUGUUGGUCUACUUGUCCACAUGACGUAGUAGCUGCUAAAACUCUCUCUUGAUCAUUUACCUCCCAGGAUAGAGAGAAAUUGUGUGAAAGCAAGAGGAAAAGGUGUAUAAAGUUCAGCCUGGAGGUACUUACUCUGUUGCUUGCAUGAAAUUCUCAGUAAUUUCCUUAGCCUUGAAUACACACAAACUAAUCAAGCCCUCGACAGGUCACUUCUGUUCCAGUGGUGAAAAAUUCCUUUCAGUGACUCUUAGCAGCUUGUGUUUAGAGCUGUAUUCAUGUCCAGAACUGGCCAGCACAAGAAUUUGCAGCACCCAGAGAUCACUUAUGGAUGAAGUGUUUACCUUGUUCUGCCGCUAAAGUUCAAUCUACAUGAUGAGUUGUCUGAGAUACAAAAUUUUGCAUGGUAACAGGCAAGGCUGUUCCUAGCCUUCCUGUUUUGUUCAGCCAGCCAGCCAUCCAUCCAUCCAUCCAUCCAUCCAUCCUCCCAUCUGUCCUACCCUCCCUCCAGCUCUCUCCUAUACUUGCAGUUCAUUCUUUGCACUAUUGACGUUGAUUGGUUUGAUGAUUAUUUUGUAACAUGUUCCUACCUUUUAGUUUUGUAAAAUAAGAAAGUCUAUACACUGGC